AAGUAGAAUUUCCAGAAUUAAAUGUUGUUGAAGAGAUGAUAAGAAUAUUAAAGAAUAUGGAAGAUGAAAUAAAUAUUAAUAACCUUGAAGAUGGAAAUAAUUGGGAUCAAGUGAUACAAUAUUUUGAUUGGA